UCCCAGUCCCGGAGGGCCAGGCAUGAAGAGGCGGCCUCUGUCCAACCCUCCUCUCCUUCUCCCAAGGCCAUGCUGCCGCUCCUGCUGGGCCUGCUGGGCCCGGCCGCAUGCUGGGCCCUGGGCCCAGCCCCCGGCUCGGGCUCUUCCGAGCUGCGCUCGGCCUUCUCGGCGGCACGCACCACCCCGCUGGAGGGCACGUCGGAGAUGGCGGUGACCUUCGACAAGGUGUACGUGAACAUCGGGGGCGACUUCGACGCGGCCACGGGCCAGUUCCGCUGCCGCGUGCCCGGCGCCUACUUCUUCUCCUUCACGGCCGGCAAGGCCCCGCACAAGAGCCUGUCGGUGAUGCUGGUGCGCAACCGCGACGAGGUGCAGGCGCUCGCCUUCGACGAGCAGCGGCGGCCGGGCGCGCGUCGCGUCGCCAGCCAGAGCGCCAUGCUGCAGCUCGACUACGGCGACACGGUGUGGCUGCGGCUGCACGGCUCGCCGCAGUACGCGCUCGGCGCGCCCGGCGCCACGUUCAGCGGCUACCUGGUGUACGCCGACGCCGACGCCGACGCGCCUGCGCUCGGGCCGCCCGCGCCCCCCGAGCCGCGCUCGGCCUUCUCAGCGGCGCGCACGAGCAGCCUGGUGGGCUCGGACGCGGGUCCCGGGCCGCGGCACCGGCCGCUCGCCUUCGACACGGAGCUCGUCAACAUCGGCGGCGACUUCGACGCGGCGGCAGGCGUGUUCCGCUGCCGCCUGCCGGGCGCCUACUUCUUUUCCUUCACCCUGGGCAAGCUGCCGCGUAAGACGCUGUCGGUGAAGCUGAUGAAGAACCGCGACGAGGUGCAGGCCAUGAUUUACGACGACGGCGCCUCGCGGCGCCGCGAGAUGCAGAGCCAGAGCGUGAUGCUGGCGCUGAGGCGCGGCGACGCCGUCUGGCUGCUCAGCCACGACCACGACGGCUACGGUGCCUAUAGCAACCACGGCAAGUACAUCACCUUCUCCGGCUUCCUGGUGUACCCCGACCUCGCCCCCGCCGGCCCGCCCGGCCUCGGGCCUCCGGAGCUCUGAGCCCGGCCGGGAGAGGAGCCCGGGGGGCCGCGGGCACGCAUGCCGAGCCGGUCCGCGGCCCGAACG